AUGGUGAAGGGGAAGAAAAAUACAACUGGCAACCUGAACAACAAUGAUGUCUCUUGGAUCUCCAGUGCUUACCCUUCUGCUAGAAAUCUGAAAAGGGAAGAUCUUGGGGCAGUGAUUUUUGGAUGCAAGCAUCACACUUUCAACGAGUGCAUAAACAAGAAGAUUUUUGGAUUGCCAGCUGCACACCAUUCAUACGUGAAGAACAUCCCGAUUGGCCUUACAUUGUUUCUCUUUAACUACAGUGACCGAAAGCUUCAUGGUAUCUUUGAGGCCAGUUCCACGGGGCAGCUGAAUAUGGAUAAAUACGCGUGGACAGCUAGCGAGGGUGCUGAUAUUACUCCUUACUCAGCCCAGGUUCGGGUGGAUGCUCGAAGGAUGUGCCGGCCCUUACUUGAAGAGGAAUUCAAGCCGUUGAUAGAGAAAAAUUACUAUACGGAGAAGCUUUUCAGGUUUGAACUGGACAGAAGACAGGCCGAUCGUCUGGUCAAACUAUUCUUGCAAUCACCUUUGCCUGAAAAGUCGCAAAUGCCUCCUCCUCGACAAUUUCCAGCUAGGCAGGCCAACACUAAAGAUGAUGCCAUAUUAUGCUCCAACAGAAAAGUGGAUCCACAUAAGGAGUUUGAGAAUCAAGAAUCAGAAAAUUAUUAUGCGCCUGCCCUUACCACUGUAGAUGCAUCUUCUAAAGAGAAAAAAUGGACAGAUUUCUUCAGACCCUCCACAUCUUCGUGUAACGAAUCAAGGGAAACCGCUGUGGAAACUUGGCCCAGUUCUGAAAAUGACGAGAGCGAAUCGGAUGUCAUGGAAAACUGGGUAGAAAAUGACAUGGCAGAUCAUGAUCCACAAGAAGUAUGUGAAAAGGCCGAUUCACAUUCGCAGUUCCACACUGAUCCAAAUGCGCAGUUACACGAGCUGGAGGCCGAGAGGGAUGACCCGAGGAGCGUGCCUUCUCAGUCUGGUUCAACAGAUAGGGCCCUUGUGGAGAGUCACAAUUCUUUGUCAGGAGGAAUGCUUACAGGUGCACCAUCGUCAGUUUUUGAGGCUGUGAUCAUCAAGAUGAAAGAAGAAAUUGAAAGCUUGAAGGUUGGCCAGUUAAAACAAAGGUUAAAAAUGCAUUCUGUUGAGCAAGAGUUGGUUCAUUCGAAGCUAGAAAUCAUCCAACUGAAAAACAGAUUUCACAAGUUAGAAACCAUAACAUCAUCUAUCGGCAACCACUUCAAAGUGGAAAUCCAUGAUAAGCCUAAGGGCAACAUACUAGUCGUUGGGGGAUUUAACGGCACCGAAUGGCUAUCAGAUUUGUGUUCAUACUCACCAUUACAAGACAAUGUGGUCCCACUUUGUCCAAUGACCUUUCCACGAUCAUCUGCAGCUGUAGCCAAACUGAAUGGCGAGCUUUUCAUUUUUGGCGGCACUUAUGAAGGUGUAUGGUACGACACAGUUGAGUCGUACAAUCCAUUGACUAACCAUUGGGUCAAGCGACCAUCGUUAAAUAAGAAAAAGGGAGGGGUGGCAGGAGCUUCUUUGUAUGAGACAAUUUUCGCUGUUGGUGGUGGAGAUGGAUUCGAAAGUUUCUCGGAGGUUGAAUUGCUUGAUCUGAAUAUCGGAAGUUGGAUUUCCACUCAUUCCAUGCUUGAGAAGCGUUUUGGUGCUUCUGCUGCAGUUAUGAAUGGUUCGCUCUAUGUUGCUGGGGGAUAUGAUGGAAAAGAAUACUUGAGUUCCGUCGAGAGGUUUGAUCCAAGACAACAUGCUUGGUCCAGAGUGGCGAGUAUGAACUCGAAGAGAGGAUGCCAUUCUUUGGUCGCGUUUAACGGAGAGUUAUAUGCAAUGGGUGGUUAUGAUGGAGAUAAAGUGGUGGCCACAGUCGAGGUUUUUGAGCCUCGUGUUGGUUCGUGGAUGAUGGAAGAGCCCAUGAAAAUCUCCAGGGUAAAUUUCGGCUCGUUUGUCUUCGGGGGAAAAAUUUAUGUUAUUGGUGGUAUGAAAGAUACAGAAGUUCUGGAUGUGAUUGAAUGCUACGAAUCGGAGUCCGGGUGGCAAGUGAAAGAAAGCACAAAACUCGGGAAAAGAAGCUUCUUUUCUGCUCUUGUUAUAUGA